AUGGCCGCGCUUCGAACCAUCAUGUGGGUGGGCCUCUUGCUUGCGCUUGUGGCACCGCUCUACGCUCAAGAUGUCGAACCUAGUAUGUCGGACCAAGUGAAAGCUUGGGCUCGCCGUCUAGACUCUGACACGCUGGAAGAUCGCGAACGCGCUGAGCGACAGAUCAUCGAGCUAGGACACAAAGCUCUUGAGUACCUUCCCGAGGUCAAACCGAGUACGGCUGCCGAAACCAAAGCUCGUCUCCAGCGUAUUCGCACCGUUCUGGAAAAGAAGCGAGCCGACAGCGCCGCCAAGGCAUCUCGCAUUACGCUGUCCGUAAAAGACAAACCCCUGGCCGAUGUCUUAGGGGCAAUCCAGGAACAGACCGAAAACAAGCUUGUCGACUAUCGCUCGAACUUCGGCCAGCGAGCCGACGGCACCAAGGUCAGCGUCGACUGGGAAGACGUUCCGUUUUGGGAGAUCUUUCGCUUUGAACCGACCCGGGUCGAGUCGUUCCUGAAUCUUUCCGAUCGAUCCCAACGUGGAACAUUCUUGAAUUUGCAAGUCGCCUGGGAACCUCGAGUCGAACCGAUUGUCAUCAAGUUACCUUUGGAUCAGUUGACUGUCGAAGACGAGGAAGGCAACUCGCUGCAAAGUGGCGACCGAACCGGUUCGCUCGAUACCGAAGUCGUUCAAGGCGUUUCGGCCGUUGACAUACAGCUUCCCUUGGGAAGUACCGACCGCUCGUCGCAAAAGAUCGCCACCCUCAAAGGCGAGAUGGUCGCGCUCAUGCCUGGUCGAAUGGAAACGUUCACGUUCGACAAGCUGGAAACGGCUCGCAACGUGAAAGACACCCGCGGCGCUAUUGAAGUUGUCCUGGAGACAUUCCGUCCCAACGGAGACAUCUGGGAAGCGAGCAUAAUGCUCCGC